UCACAGCUAGGCAUAUACUGUAAGCGACGUAAAAAAAAGGACUCGUUUUCCCCCAGAAUGCCCUUCUACGUCGAUUAAGAAUGUCGUCACCACAUACACACACGUGGAUUCGUCCGGAACUACUGCUGAGUCGAGUCUUAGUUUUUUUUUUUUUUUUUCUUCCUUCCCCCUCUCCCCUCGCGCGUGAAGCGAGACCGGCUGUUUUAGUACAGAAUAACGUGGGGGGGCUGUUUAAUAAGCAGAAGUUUUUUGUUUUUAACGGGGGUGACUUUAUUAACGAGCGAUUUGAACUGAACGAAGAGAUCACGUUGUCUUUCUUCGUCAUAUAUAUAGUUUAGAAAUAUAUAUAUAUAAAAUAUUUGCGUUCAAGACGAACAGUUUCAGCCCCCCGCGCGCGCCAAUGGAGCCAGCGCGAGACGCUGCCCCGGAUUCGUGGGAACAGGAGGAUGAGGGCAGCGAGGCCCCGGUCAUCGCUCACACCGGCCUCAGCGACUCUUUCGGCGGCCUCAACGUCAACGCCAAGCCCUUCGUCCCGAACGUCAACGCGGCCGAGUUUGUUCCCGGCUGUUUCCAUAAAGCGCCCACGGAAACCAUCGCCCCUGUAGCCGUUCCGGAGAAAGAUGGCCGUAUUGAGGUCUCGGACACGCCUGCAGCUCCGCCCGUGGAGAACGGCUCAGGAGACGGAGAGACGGCAGCCGAGGAAGAGAGCUGGGAGCAGAAAGGAGGAGAAGACUCGCCCCAGGAGGAGGGUAUGGAGGAGGACGAAGAAGCGCCGAAGCCGAAAGUCACUCCCGCUCAACCCGACGCGCCCAAGAGGGAGCACGUCAACGUGGUCUUCAUCGGCCACGUGGACGCUGGCAAAUCGACCAUCGGCGGACAGAUCAUGUAUUUAACAGGCAUGGUGGAGAAGCGAACUCUGGAGAAAUACGAACGGGAGGCCAAGGAGAAGAACAGGGAAACUUGGUACCUGUCUUGGGCCCUGGAUACGAAUCAGGAGGAGAGAGAUAAGGGGAAAACCGUGGAGGUGGGCCGCGCGUAUUUUGAGACGGAGAAGAAGCACUUCACCAUCCUGGACGCGCCGGGUCACAAGAGUUUUGUCCCUAACAUGAUCGGGGGCGCGUCGCAAGCUGAUCUGGCAGUGCUGGUGAUUUCAGCGCGUAAAGGCGAGUUCGAGACCGGGUUCGAAAAAGGAGGCCAGACGCGAGAGCACGCCAUGCUGGCCAAAACGGCGGGAGUCAAACACCUGAUCGUCCUCGUGAACAAAAUGGACGACCCCACUGUGAACUGGAGCUUGGAGAGGUACGAGGAGUGCAAGGAGAAACUGGUGCCAUUUUUGAAGAAGGUGGGCUUCAACCCCAGAAAAGACAUUCACUUCAUGCCAUGUUCAGGACUGACAGGGGCCAACCUGAAAGAACCAGCGGAGCACUGCUCCUGGUACACAGGAUUACCGUUCAUUCCACACCUGGACAGUUUGCCAAAUUUCAGCAGAUCCAGCGACGGACCAGUCAGGUUACCGAUCGUAGAUAAAUACAAGGACAUGGGCACUGUGAUUUUGGGCAAGUUGGAGUCCGGGUGUAUCAGCAAAGCGCAGCAACUCGUAAUGAUGCCUAACAGGCACAUCGUGGAGGUGCUGAGCCUGCUUUCGGAUGACGUCGAGACGGACGACGUGGGACCCGGUGAGAACCUGAAGCUUCGACUUAAAGGCAUCGAGGAAGAGGAGAUCCUGCCCGGUUUCAUCCUGUGUACUCCGGAGAACCUCUGUCACUCGGGACGCACCUUCGACGCUCAGAUCGUCAUCAUCGAACACAAGUCCAUCAUCUGCCCGGGCUACAACGCAGUCCUGCACAUUCACACCUGCAUCGAGGAAGUGCAGAUCACGGCCUUAAUUUGUUUGGUGGACAAGAAGACGGGUGAGAAGAGCAAGACACGACCUCGCUUCGUCAAACAGGACCAAGUGUGCAUCGCUCGCCUCCGGACCGCCGGGACCAUCUGCCUCGAGACAUUCAAAGACUUCCCUCAGAUGGGUCGCUUCACCCUGAGGGACGAAGGAAAGACCAUUGCCAUUGGGAAAGUGUUGAAGCUUGUCGCUGAGAAAGACUGAAAAGCUCUAUGCGUGAGAGUGUGUGCGUGUGUGUGUGCGCGCGCGUGUGUGUGCGAGUGUCGCGGAGAAGCCGAACGUGCAAGAGGAGAGGUGGGUGUUGCGGCCGGAGAGACACGUUUCCCGGCCUUCCCGUCCUCCCGAAGAACCAGCUGACAAAAAGCAACGCAACAACUUGUCUGACAAGAAAUUUUCGUUUUUUAAGCAAAGAAUAAAAUUGAAAAAAUUUAAAGAAAGAAAGAAAGAAAAGAAAAUUGAGUCCACACGUUGUCAGCUUUCUCAUAUUGAGAGCUCAGCAGUGCCAUAAUAUUUUUUUUUUUUUUUUUCCCCCCCCGGACUCGCAGAAGAUUGUGUUUAUUGUCUUUUUUUUUUUUUUUUUCCUUCUUCUUCCUUUUUCUUUUUUUUUUUCUUCCACCAGAGGAAUAUAGCGUGCAGCGAAGACGCCGUUAUUAUAAGAAAAAGGUGUGGACCAGAGUUCGCUUGUGUAACAGUAACGGAUCGAAACCAGUCAAAGCUGGAAAACGAAUUGAACGUCGGUAUCUUUCGUAUUGUCUCCCUUCACUUAUACACACACACACACGCACGCACACACACACACACACACACACAUGGGUUUCUCUCCUCGUAGCGGUCUGCAGAGCGCACGAGCGUGCUCAUGUGUUAUUAAAACGAAAUUCUAUGAAAAUAAAAAAUAUUAAAUUGGGGAAAAUUCUAAGA